AUAGUUAACAGAAACUUCUCUUUAUUUCUCUGAUCAAGACCCCUUUUCAGCUUAAUUUCUUCCACUGCCAUGCUUCUCCUCUUGCUGCUUCUCUUUCUCCUGUCUCCCCACCACGACACUGCGGUUUACGGCCACUGCAGCACCAGCACCGCCACCAGAACCUUCCAGAAAUGCAUGACACUGACGUCCCAGCAAGCCUCCAUAGCCUGGACCUUCCACGCCCAUAAUGCUACCUUGGACAUGGUGUUUUCCGGAAGCUUCAUAUCCCCCUCCGGCUGGGUCGGAUGGGGCAUCAACCCUACCUCCGCCGAGAUGACAGGAACCCGGGCCCUGAUCGCCUUCCCGGACCCCAACUCCGGCCAACUGGUCCUCCUCCCCUACAUAAUUGACCCUUCUGUGAAGCUCCAGAGGAACCCCCUCCUUUCUCGCCCUCUUGACAUCCACCUCCUGUCCUCGUCAGCCACCCUGUACGGCGGUCGGUUGGCCACUGUCCAUGACGGCGCCGCCGUUGAAAUCUACGCCACGGUGAAACUAGUUCCCAACAAGACCAAGAUCCAUCACGUUUGGAACCGCGGCCUCUACGUCCAAGGCUACUCCCCAACCAUCCACCCAACCACCAUCAACGACCUUUCUUCCGUCGCCACCGUCGAUGUCAUGUCCGGAACCGAAGCGGCCGGACACAGCAACCUCAGGACGCUGAAAGUCGUUCAUGGCAUCAUCAAUGGCUUCUCCUGGGGAAUCCUGCUACCAAUUGGAGCGGUCACUGCCCGGUACCUCCGACACAUCCAAGCCCUAGGGCCUACAUGGUUUUACGUCCACGCAGGCGUCCAACUCUUGGCAUUUUUCCUAGGAACCGUAGGGUUCGCCAUUGGAAUAAGACUUGGCGAGCUCUCACCGGGGCAGGUUUACGGGAUUCACCGGAAGCUUGGCUUCGCGGCGUUUACCCUUGGGAGUCUUCAGACUCUGGCGUUGCUGUUCAGGCCCAAGACAACCACCAAGUUCAGGAAGUACUGGAAAUCAUACCACCAUUUUGUUGGGUACGCAUGUGUGGUGCUUGGAGUGGUGAAUGUUUUCCAGGGAUUUGAGGUGAUGGGAGAGAGUAGGUCUUAUGCGAAAUUGGGGUAUUGUUUGAGUCUGUCGACGUUGAUUGGGAUCUGCGUGGCGCUGGAAGUCAAUGCUUGGGUGAUCUUUUGCAGAAAGGCUAAGGAAGAGAAGCUGAGAAGAGAGGGAGUGCUUGGGGGAUGCGAGAAGGCGAGUGCAUCCUCAUGUUCCCAUGGUUGAGGUGGUGAAUACAGCUAGCGUAUUAAGUCUUUUAUCUUAUUAUGUGAAGUUUUGGCCUGAAAUUAUUGCAGUUUAGAUGUUCAAAUUAACCAGUGAAGAUGGGGAUUGUGAGCACACUUGUCUUUGAUCUUCAUUGAAGAAAUUGGGCUUUGCCAAUGAAUUGUGAAGACCAUACUUGAAGGGGGCAAAUGGGCAGAGCGAGUGAUUUUUUGCAAUAUCUACAUAUAUAUUGAUCAGUUUCUUUUAACACCUGAUAUGUGAUGAUAAUAAUUAAGAUGGAGAUCGAGGAUGUAUUUUUCAUAGCUUUGGGAGGCUGAGGUGUCUUGUCGCUGACGGCAUUCAUUCAAAAAGAAAUAUAACAUCACGCGAAAUGGGUUGUUGACUUAAAAAAGGUAUGUUUUUUUUUUGUCAAGAAUGGGAUUCGAACCCAUGCCCUUUCGGACCAGUACCUGAAACUGGCGCCUUAGACCAACUCGGCCAUCUUGACCUUUAUGCAAAUUUGGCGUGGAGAAUAUAUAUAUAUAUAUGGUAACUAACAUGUACUACUCAUUAAGUACUCCAACAGUGUUGUCCCAAUUCCAUGUAUAUCUACGUGAAACAAAAUGUCUACACAUUUUAUAUUACAUCUCUUAAGUGAAAUUAAAACUCAAAAUUAUG